GCAGAAUCUUUUCGGAAAAUUACGUGAUAGCCAAUUCCUCUGUAAAUAAAAGGGCGUGUUCUCUCUCCAUCUCUUGCAGAAUAAAUCACUGCAGUAGAUACAGCCACAGCUGCAUUGGAGAAAUUCCUAUCAUUUCCAAAUUGGUAUAGGCCUAGGUUUCUGAUUGAAACUAAAAAACAGUCCAACCAUGCGUGAAAUUGUGCAUAUCCAAGCUGGACAAUGUGGCAACCAAAUCGGGGCAAAGUUCUGGGAAGUGAUCUCUGAUGAACACGGCAUUGACCCUACCGGUACCUACCAUGGCGACUCUGAUCUCCAACUCGAGCGCAUCAAUGUCUAUUACAAUGAGGCUACCGGCGGCAAGUACGUUCCCCGAGCCGUGCUCGUCGAUCUCGAGCCAGGCACCAUGGACUCGGUCCGGUCAGGUCCAUUUGGUCAGAUCUUCAGACCAGAUAACUUUGUCUUUGGCCAGAGCGGUGCAGGGAACAACUGGGCAAAGGGACAUUACACAGAGGGUGCAGAACUUAUCGAUUCUGUGCUGGAUGUUGUCAGAAAAGAAGCAGAAAGCUGUGACUGUCUUCAGGGAUUCCAACUGACCCAUUCGCUUGGUGGAGGCACUGGUUCUGGCAUGGGAACGCUCCUGAUCAGCAAGAUCCGUGAGGAAUACCCAGACCGCAUCAUGAACACAUUCAGCGUGGUACCAUCUCCUAAGGUGUCUGAUACUGUUGUUGAACCUUACAACGCAACCCUAUCCGUCCAUCAGCUCGUUGAAAACACAGAUGAAUCAUUCUGCAUUGACAACGAGGCCCUCUACGACAUCUGCUUCCGUACCCUAAAGCUCACCACACCCACCUAUGGUGACCUGAACCAUCUUGUCUCUGCCACCAUGAGUGGUGUCACGACCUGCCUCCGAUUCCCUGGCCAACUCAACGCUGAUCUCCGCAAACUUGCCGUCAACAUGGUUCCCUUCCCACGUCUUCACUUCUUCAUGCCUGGCUUCGCUCCUCUCACUAGUCGUGGUAGUCAACAGUACCGUUCCCUCACCGUACCCGAGCUUACCCAACAGAUGUUCGAUGCCAAGAACAUGAUGGCUGCCUGUGAUCCUCGACAUGGACGCUACCUGACGGUUGCCGCAAUUUUCCGUGGUCGUAUGUCCAUGAAGGAGGUCGAUGAACAGAUGCUCAACGUUCAGAACAAGAACAGCAGUUACUUCGUAGAAUGGAUCCCAAACAAUGUCAAGACCGCUGUCUGUGACAUCCCUCCCCGUGGUCUUAAGAUGGCUGCCACUUUCAUUGGCAAUAGCACCGCCAUUCAAGAACUUUUUAAGCGCAUCUCUGAGCAGUUCACUGCUAUGUUCAGACGAAAGGCCUUCCUUCAUUGGUACACUGGUGAGGGUAUGGACGAGAUGGAGUUCACCGAGGCUGAGAGCAACAUGAAUGACUUGGUGUCUGAGUACCAACAGUACCAGGAUGCCACCGCAGAGGAGGAGGGAGAGUUUGAAGAGGAAGAAGGAGAAGAAGAAGCAUGAGCGCAUGUAUAUUAUAAAAGCAUAGGAAUGUAAAACUCAAUAUUUAAUAUCUAUAUAGUUUUUUUGUGUAAAACAUUUUAUUUAAAUGAAAGUAUUUAAGUAUGCCCAUCAUGACUUUUUGGAGAUCUUCUCUUUCUUCCAUCAAUAACGCUUUGUUUCAACGUGCCCGGAACGUAAACACGUAAACUGGUGAUUGUCCUCGUUCAGUAAUAUUGUUCUUUUCCAAUUCUCUCUUUCUCGAAUUUUCUUCGCGAUAAUUCAAUAAUUUCAUUAUUUUAUGAUUCAAUAUUCAUUAUAAUGUAUAAUGGGUGAUUUCUCUUACAGUACUUGAGUGUGUAAUGAUUUUUUGAACAGAUUAUUCACUAUUGAUACAUAUAUUAAUAUUUAUUUUCAAACUGCCAGAUCACGUCGAUAUAUUGCUACUUAUAUAGUUAUAUCCAUCGAUGUUUAAUUGCAUGAGGUAAUAAAUUGUGAUGUAUAUUGUUAACAAUGUUUGCCCUGAGGUGGGAAUAAUGUUUUCUUCAUAUUGUAUCGAUAAAGUAAAUGUGCAAUACGUCUUUUUUUUUUAUUAAAUCAAAGUAAGACACAUGGAGUUCAUUCAAUAGAACUAUAAUAAUUAUCAUUAAAAGUUUAUAUAAUGUCAUUGAUACCCACUCAAAGAAAAAACCAAAAUAAAACAAAACAAACAAAACCAUCGGAAAACCUAACUUGCGAAAAUAUUACAAAAGUAAUGUUUAAGAUGAAGCUUUGUAUGACAUAAGAUUCGACUAAUUACUAUGAAUAUUAGCUCGAUGGAAAAGGGUCUCUUUCGGCUCGAGAAAAUAAUUAUCUUCAAUCAUUAUGACCGUUACAUCGUAAAUGUCGAUAUUCUGCAUUUCCAGUCCGUGCGGCUUCUGUCAAGUAAACAUUGUGUAACUUGUGAAAAUAAAUGGCGAUGCUUAAAACAAAUAAGGUAUUUAUAAAUGUUUAUUCUUAUUGGCUUUGUUGAAUACGCUCAAAUGAAAUGGGAUGCGGUAAUGCAGAUUAUGGUACACUUUAAGAACUUUUUUAACCGACCCAAAAGUUGGUUAAUAAUGAAGAAACGACCAAACUGUUGGUUGAAAAAAAUGCAAUCCAUUUUGAACGCAUUUUUUUUUUUUUUUAUAUAUAUAUAUAUAUUUUUUUGGGGGGGGUUCAACCAGGAGUUUGUAGGUUAUUUAAAUCAACUGGAUUGGUUAGAAGUCUAUGUUUGUACCUUAGCUUUAUCCUAAAUUAUUAAAAGUGAAGAAGUGGGUCACAAGUUCUGAUCUAUCUCUUUCUCUUUUUUUUCUUUAUCAUACUUUGUUUAUAUUGUAAAAGCCUAAAUUUUUGCCCUUUUCUGUAGCAUCAUUGUUUAAUUUCUUGAUUUAAAUGUUUUGUUGUUUAAAUUUUUGUUUGGGAGUUUAAUUAAUUUAUUGUUUUCAUUUUCUCUUGGGGGUGUUAGUGCUUGGGGUAUAACAGUCAACACUGGAUAUUCGUCUUCUUCCUUUUGCUCAAUAUUUCCAUUUGCGUCAUACAUUUUAUCACUUUUGAUUCUUUUUUCCAAAAUUAUAUGCCUAUCUAUAAAUAAAAAUUCUAAUGUCUAGAGUGGAAAAGUGAGGGGCAUAUUUUCACUUUAUGGGCGUGCCUGUAUAUGUGCGUGUGUGUCCCCCACAUCUCCCUCUUACUGAAACUACUAUUUUCUCUCUUUCUCAUGCAGUUAAUUCCCUUUUUCUUGCUAUCGCUUUGUGAAACGUUGUGUAGGUGUGUGUGCACACCCCUCUACCAUCACUCAAACCCUCCUCCUUACUUCAUAUCCCUCUGUUUGAUUCUUGUUCUUGUUAUCACUCUCGGUGAUGAUGUGCGUGUGUCUGUGUGUGUAAGAGAGAAUGAAUGUGGGUGUGUGAUUACGUGGGCAGAUGAGGAAGGGUGUGUAAGAGGGUAUGUGCGAGUUUGUACUGGUGUUCUUCUUCCUGUAUGAUCUUUGGUCAUCCGCCACU